GAUGUGAACUACCAAACACGGAGGAAGUUUAUUAUGGUUGAAAAUUUCCAUUAAAGUUUACAGUUGGAUGUAAAGAAAAACCGUUCCUGCCAAUGUACAUGUAGUGUUGUUUUCAUGGACCUGAAAUAUCCAGUGACGUUGUCUAGGGUAUCUGGUGCUUGUCAUGUUUCAAAGUUUCUUUUUUUUUUUUUUUUAACCCUACCUGUCAUUAAAAAAUAAAGACAAAUUAGACAUUCUUUUAUAUGGAACAAGUAGGAAAAAUAGGUUAAAAUACUAAAACUACCCAAAAACUAUUAUGUUCAUUGUCUUAAAUCAUAUGCCAUAAAAUUUAUCGCUCACUGGUCAAUGGUCAUGAAGCACUAAGUGUAUACAUGUAUCCUAUUAUGUUUUCAUUGCAUGUAGUAAGCGAUAUUGAAUUUCUCGAGCAUAAAUAAAACGAUUUCUAUUCAUAAACCAAUGUCAAGGGUAGUGUCAUUUUUCACAUAAAAACAAAUAAAGUAUGUAACCAGUUGGUAUAUUGGAGAUUGGUAGAGCAUGUUGUUGGGUAAAAGUGGGGAAACCCUAGGAAGUUUAAAACUCGCCGUACCGUAUCAGGAAGAUAAUCACAUAUAACUGAAGAACAUCAGAAGGGAGGGAAGAUCGUCGUGGAAUACGAUGGCAGCAGUGGGAGAUCGUGACUCCGGCAAGAGAUCUAGCAGCAUGUACUCCUACUUGAAGGAGCUGUGUACAUGUCGAUGCUGCUACGAAAUCUACCAAGACCCACGGUCGCUCGACUGUGGAAACACCUUGUGUAAGAAAUGCAUUGAUCGUGUCGUCUCCCAAGAGAGAGGGGCGUGCGGAAGAUGUCCAAUUUGUGGGACAAACAUUGUAAUAGCCGAGAACCGAUUACCUGUUAAUCAGUACAUUGAGAGUCUGAUUUAUGUGCUAGAGGAAGCUAACAAUGCUCUGUUGGAAAUCAGAACGAAAGAAAAUUGUGAGCAACACGAUGUCUUGUCCAUUGCUUUUUGUUACACGUGUAAAUUUUCCAUGUGUGAAAGUUGUGAAAAGGUGCACCGCCGCUCGACUCAAAGCAACCACGUAGUAGUAUCUCUGGAAAACCUGAUCGAGGAGACUAAUCUCCGAAAUAUUGUUAGUCAACACAAGAACACUCUGAAUACUUGUGAGAAACAUAAGCGGUUGUCAGAAUUUUGGUGUCUUGAUUGCAGUCUCCCUGUGUGUGAAUUUUGCCUUCUAGUGGAGCACAAUCAACACAGACGCGAGAAUCUGUCCGUGAUUGCCGAGAGACAUUUCAAAGAAAUCCUGGACAUCAGGCUCUCUUCUGAUGACGUUCUUAGAAUCCACUCCGAGGCACGCCAGAAGUAUGACCAGGAAUUACAACAGGUGCGAGAACACAAUAGUACAGUGGUGAAAGAACUGGACAAGUGGUUCGAAGAUCUAUUCAAGAUACUUCACCAGAGAAAAGAGGAAAUGCUGACACAGUUCCAUUCCGAAGCAACUGAACAGUUGGGAAACUUGAGGGAGCAGAAAAAACCCGGCCUCAGAGAAGUCCUAAUUACUCGAUUAAAUGAAAUUCGUUUCCAAAUUGAUGGCGUCGACAGAUUUGCGAACACAACUUUUCGCGCUAUCCAGUCCCGACAAAUACUAAAACAAUGGAGGGCUGUAGAGGCACUUCAGAAAGAGUUACAGAAACCUGUGCAACAAUGGCGGCUGGAUUUUAAGCCAGACAGCAGUAUCAAAACUUUCAUCGAGCAGGAAUGUUUUGGACAAUUUGUCGCACUGUCCGAGGUGGUGACAACCGAAAAGGUCCAUUCGCCCUACAUCCACACCAAAAGAAGUUCCUUUGACUCCUGUGUCCGAGUGACAGGGAUGUGUGUGCUGGACAGUAAUACUAUUGUGGUGGUGAGCCAUGCAUCCUCAAAGUGCAUAGGGUUCUCAAAGGAGGGAGUAAAGAAAUGGGAGAUCACAGAGAAGCUGAAGGGUCCAUUUGAUGCGGUGUGCUUAUUAAGAAGAGGUGUACCUUACUUGUUUGUUUCAGACCCAGGGAGUCUUUUAGUGGAUAACCCUGGCACAAUUCAGAUGUAUAAAAGAUCAUCUUGCGGGUACACUCAUUGUAGGGUGUUUCUGGACAAGUCCAUAUAUCCGCGUGGAAUGUGUCUGUACAACGAAAUGCUAUUUGUUUGUGACUACAUGACGGCAACUGUAAUGGCAUUCUCAAUAGGAAAGAAGUUUGAAUGUACACUGAUAAAAAAGUAUGGCGUAAAAGAAAACUUGAAAUCCCCAGUUUACGUUGAUAUGACGUCAAAUCUUAAUUUAGUCGUAUCCGAUUUGAAACGAGGAGUGAGACUGGUAAGCGCAGACGGGACUUGGUCGACGGCUCCCGCAGUCGUUAAACCGAACGGAUCCUUUACACCUUCUCAAUGUUGCUGUGGAAAGGAUGGGACAGUCUUUAUCGGUAAUUCCAUCGCAAACGAAAUGUACAUUGUGUAUAUGGCAAUGCUGGAGAAGCACCAGGUCCGGUACGCACUAGAUAAAUCUUUAGGAUACCCGCUGGCCGCGGCUUUUGAUCCAGGAAGUGGAAAUUUGUGGAUUGCGCACAAAGACGGGACAGUGGUUAGGUUUGCUGGACAAGAAAACAAGACUACAGACGUUGAAACAGAUUCUACAGAAGAACAAUGACGUUCUCAUGAGAUUACUCCAGAAAUUCAUUUUUUAAAUCGACAAAAUAAGCUGAGAAGACAAUAAACACACGACUGUAAAUGAAAUUGUUUUAUCUCCCAUGUUAGUGCUUUUUGUUAUGAUUUGCCUCAUUGACUUACAUUACUCUACUAAAUACUCCCUCAUAAACUGAAGUUCGAAAGUCAGAACACAUGCCAAGAAUGUUAAAUUGUAAUUGUGAGAAAUAUUUGGUAACUACAUAGAUGUACAUGUUCUUCUUUCAUGAGUGGGACUCGGACCAGUGUACAUUCAGUUACCUUUCUAAUGAGCUGUACGUGUACUGUUCAAUGAAAUAAAUUUGAUUUCACUUGAA